AUGCUCCAACAAACCCGUGUCAAGCUUUCUUCAUCCUUGAGUCGUUGUGGUAGCAGUGCAAUGGCUUCGGGCAGCAAGCUCUCUGUAGCCCUCUCAUCAUCAAGCACAUGCUCUCAUCAGAGAUUUUAUCAUAGUAUUACUAGCGCCGAGACCACACACAAUGUCCUUCCAAACAAUAUUCAACGCGAUUCUGAAUUUAAACAGAACUAUUCUCACAACCUGGCCGGUGUCAAUGAUUUGAAGAAUUUGAUUGAAAAGAUAAAAUUGGGAGGUGGUGAAAAGUACAGAAAGAUGCAUACGGACAGAAAUAAGCUUUUGGUCCGAGAUCGUAUUAAUCGAAUGCUCGAUGAUGGAUCUCCAUUCCUUGAGUUCAGUCAAUUGGCUGGUUACCAAUUAUAUGGAAAGGAUGAAGUACCAGCUGGUGGUAUUAUCACUGGUAUUGGUAAAAUUCAUGAUCAGUUAUGUGUCAUUGUUGCCAAUGACGCCACCGUGAAAGGAGGUACCUACUAUCCAAUCACUGUCAAGAAACAUUUAAGAGCACAAGAAAUUGCUGAACAAAACAAUUUGCCAUGUAUCUAUGUGGCUGACAGCGGUGGAGCUAACUUGGAGCAUCAAGCCGAUGUGUUUCCAGAUAAGAUGCACUUUGGUAGAAUUUUCUAUAAUCAAGCUCAAAUGAGUGCUAAAGGUAUUCCACAAAUUGCUGUCGUUAUGGGUAAAUGUACUGCUGGUGGUGCCUACGUUCCUGCCAUGGCUGAUGAGAGUAUUAUUGUGAAAGGAAAUGGUACUAUUUAUUUGGGUGGUCCACCAUUGGUUAAGGCAGCCACUGGUGAAGAAGUGACUGACGAGGAAUUGGGUGGUGCUGAUGUUCACUGCAGACAAAGCGGUGUCACUGAUUAUUAUGCCAAUGAUGAAACAGAAGCUAUUUAUUUAACAAGAAGAAUUGUUGCAAAUUUGAACAUGAAGAAGAAGGACUUUUUGGGUCAAAACAAUAGCAACAGAAAUCAAAUUCCUACUGAAUUUGAGGAACCAAAAUACAGUGCUGAUGAGAUUUUGGGUAUUAUUCCUCGUGAUGGCAGAAAGAACUUUGAUAUCAGAGAUAUUAUUGCACGUAUCGUUGAUGGAAGUAGAUUUGAUGAAUUCAAGCAAUUAUAUGGUACAACAUUAGUGACUGGUUUUGCCAAAAUUUAUGGCAAACCAGUAGGUAUUGUUGCCAACAAUGGAAUUUUAUUCUCUUCUUCUGCUCAAAAGGGAGCUCACUUUAUUGAAUUGUGUUGCCAAAGAGGCAUUCCUCUCCUCUUCCUUCAAAACAUUACUGGUUUCAUGGUUGGUAAACAGUACGAAAAUGGUGGUAUUGCUAAAGAUGGAGCUAAAAUGGUGAUGGCUGUUGCCAAUGCUAAAGUUCCAAAGAUUACAGUUUUGAUUGGUGGUAGUUUUGGUGCUGGUAAUUAUGGUAUGUGUGGAAGAGCCUAUAAUCCAAGAUUUUUGUACAUGUGGCCCAAUUCAAGAAUUUCUGUCAUGGGUGGUGAGCAAGCUGCCUCUGUUCUUUCUCAAGUAAGACAAGAAGGUUUGAAGAGAAGUGGAAAGGAGGUUCCAGAAAGUGAAAUUGAGACAUUUAAGAACAGUAUUAGAGCCAAGUAUGAGCAUGAGGGUCAUCCAUACUAUUCAAGUGCCAGAUUGUGGGAUGAUGGUGUGAUUGAUCCACGUGACACAAGAAGAGUGAUUGGUUUGAGUUUGAGCGCAUGUGAAAAUGUUCCAAUCGAACAACCAACUCAAUUUGGUGUUUUCAGAAUGUAA